AUGUCACCUGCUCAUAAUUUUGAAGAAAAGACCUUUACAAAAUUUACCUACUGUGUUCAUUGCCGUAGCCCACUUUGGGGAUUGUUUAAACAGGGAGUUUGUUGUAAAGAAUGUAAUUAUGUCGCUCAUAAGCAAUGCCAGAAUUUGGUAAAAUCAACUUGUAAAAAUCCCGGAAUUAAUCAAAAAUUCAAUAUUAGUCAUUAUACAAAUGGUAUAGAUAAUGAUAAGGGGACUAAUUCAGAGACUUCUCAAGUUUCUUCGUCUUUACCUAUUACAGGAUUAAAAUCUUCAAAUAAUUCAGUUGAAAUAGCUACAAACUCGCUUCCAGCUCGUGCUGUAAAAUUUAAUUCAGAAAAUGAUGAUCAUAAUAGAAAUAUUUUACGACGUUCAAAUUCAUUUGAAAAUGAUGAUCAUAAUAUAAAUAUUUUACGACGUUCAAAUUCAUUUGAUUCUAUUUCAACAAAUUUACCGAAAAUGCCAAUACAGUCAUUCAAGACAUUAUCAAAUGAUAACGAAUCAAUUACUCCCAGAGCAGCACGUCCAGUUUCACCAAUUUCAUUAGAUGCAAAAACAUUCCAAGAUUUAAUUGUUUCUUCAGCGCUUAAUGUAGCGAAUGCAACUAAAAUGACUACAGAUCCUGCUCAUCCACCAUUAAAUUUACAAUUAAUGGGUACAAAUUUCGGAAGAUUUGUUCAAAAAUGUGGGUUCAUUUUUGCAAUUCAGGAUAAUGUUGAGGAAAUAAUUAUGUGGAAAAGCCCAUCAAAUACUUUAUUGGCCAUGGUGAUUUAUGUUUACAUAUUAGAUUAUUUAAAAAAUAUUCAAAAUAUUCAAAAUUUAAUGGGAUUGAUUUGUGAAGCAUAUGAUUCAAUAGUUCCAUUACUUAAACAUAUUGAUUGGAGUAAUGAAUAUGAAUCAUUUAUAAUAACUCAAGUUAUUGUAAUAUUAAUUAUUAUACUUGGUUUAACAGUAUGGAUCAUUCCUUGGAGUUAUAUUUUUAUUGUAAUUGGACUUUUAGUAUUUAUUGCGAAUACCCAAUUUAUGAAAGCUUUAACUAAAGAAAUGAAAGAUUCUAAUAUAGGGGUUGGAACUAGUAAUUCAUCAAAAUUCUGA